CGUGGAUAUUUGUGAAUGGAUGUAAAAAUGUUAUGCGGUAAUAAAAAGACCAACAACACCCCAAGAAACAGAUUGACGCCUUUCUUUAGUUGUUCGGGACAACGGGAAACUCAGAAGGAAAAAAAGAAAAAAUUCUUCUAUCCACACGGAGAAGCAGUCUCUCGGGUCUCAAACAUUGAAAUUCGCUGUCUCUUACGACUCUCAAACCGGAUGCUUUGUUGUAGAUGUGCUCUGCCACUUAUUACUAAAACAACCGGGAGCCCAAGGAAUGCGGUGGUAUGCGCUGCAAAAGGUCCAAGACCAAGAUAUCCUCGGGUAUGGAAAUCGAGGAGGAGAAUUGGGACUGUUUCAAAAUCAGCAAAGCUUGUUAGCUGUGUAAAGGAAUUGUCAAAUGUCAAGGAGGAAGUUUACGGGGCUCUUGACUCCUUUAUUGCAUGGGAACUAGAGUUUCCUCUAAUUACGGUGAAGAAAGCAUUGAAGAUCCUUCAGAAUGAACAAGAAUGGAAGAGAAUAAUUCAGGUGAUAAAGUGGAUGCUAAGCAAAGGUCAAGGAAGAACGAUGGGAACCUAUUUCACCUUGCUGAAUGCUUUAGCAGAAGAUGGGAGACUUGAUGAGGCUGAAGAGCUGUGGGCAAAACUCUUUUCUGAUAAUUUAGAAAGUACUCCGCGUAUUUUCUUCGAUAAAAUGAUUUCUAUUUACUAUCACAAGGGCAUGCAUGAUAAGAUGUUUGAGGUAUUUGCUGACAUGGAAGAGCUUGGUGUCAAACCAAGUGUUUCAGUUGUUUCAAUGGUUGGAAAUGUCUUCCAACAGUUGGGAAUGUUGGACAAGUAUGACAAAUUAAAUAAGAAAUAUCCACCACCAAAAUGGGAAUAUCGAUACAUUAAAGGAAAGCGUGUUAAAAUCAAAGUAAAGCAGCUAGAGGAAUUUGAUAAAAUUGCCAAAGGUGUCACUGAAGAUAAGGAAACUGACGAGAAUGUGAGUGUAUUGCAUGAGGAAGCCGAAGUAAGUUCAGAUUUAUUCACUACUGAACCUAAUAUAUCUUCUUGAUUGAUCAAUAGUAUUACAUCUAGCACCGCUGGUGGCCUUGGCAGUGAGAUGCAAAAUGUUCAAUCUUGGGAGCAAGGGAAAGAAGGCUGUACAAGAAGAACAAACAAUCCUUCUUCAUGUCAUGUUAUAUUGUAUCGAAACUCUCAUUACUGGGCUAGUUUAGCACUGGGUUUGAUGAAAACACAAGCAAGCUGUGGGGUGGUAAGAAUUGAUUCUUCCUUUUCUCAUGUGGACAGUUGACAAAAUAUUUGACAAGUUGAUGAUUGAUAUGGAUACCACCUUUUGUAUAUCAAAUUAAAGUGGAAAGAAGAGUGCUGAAUGGCUCUGUUUUCCUUGGAACAGAAAUUUAUUUAGAGGGUAAGUUAGAGAUUAUUGUUGUAA